AUGGAGCUUCAAACAAAAUUGGAAUGGCUAGAAGUGCAACCCGGGUCCAAGGAAAUAAUGGAAGAAUUGAGGCAUACUCGAAUUGAGUUGAACUAUUGGUUGGAUAGAGAGGAUGACAUGUGGCGACAAAAAUCAAGGAUUAAUUGGUUUCAAAAUGGAGAUAGAAAUACAAACUUCUUUCAUGCUAAGGCCUCGGCUAGACAAAGAAAGAAUUUCAUGAAUGGGUUGUUAGAUGAAGAUGGGGUUUGGCAAGUUGAUGAGGAUAAAAUGAGAGAGAUAGCAAUUGGAUACUUUGGGGAUCUCUUCUCUACUAGUAAUCCGGUGGAAUUUUUUGAUUUGCUCUUGGUUGUGCAACCUAAAGUGACCCAAGCAAUGAAUGAGUGGAUGGUUCAACCUUUUGUGGAGAGUGAAGUGAAAGGAGCCUUGAAACAAAUGUACCCACUAAAGGCACCGGGACUUGAUGGGAUGCCUCCUCUUUUCUUCCAACAUUUUUGGAGUACUAGUAGCAUGGUGGUCACCAAAACGGUACUUGAUUUUCUUAACUUUGGAAUUUCUCCACCAAACUUUAAUGACACUCACAUUACUCUUAUCCCAAAAAUAAAAGAGCCUAAGAAGAUAACUGAUUAUAGGCCUAUUAGUUUAUGUAAUGUUGUACAUAAGAUUGCUUCCAAAGCUAUUGCUAAUAGGCUGAAACGAAUCUUACCUUCGAUUAUUAGUGAUACACAAAGUGCUUUUGUCCAUGGAAGGUUGAUUACUGAUAAUAUUUUGGUGGCUUUUGAAACAAUGCACCAUAUUAGUCAGAAAAAUGGGGGUUUAUCAGCUUUGAUUCAACCAAUUGUGGAUAGGGGUCAAAUGGAGGGUGUGAAAAUUUGUAGAGGUGGUCCAAGAUUGUCUCAUUUGUUUUUUGCAAAUGGUAGUCUAAUUUUUUGUAAGGCGAUGUUAAAGCAGUGUGAUGAACUACAAAGAUUGCUUGUUGUGUAUGAGAAAGCUUCCGGUCAACAACUAAACCAUGCAAAUACAUCGUUGUUCUUUAGUAGUAACACUUCAAUAGAUGUUCAAGAGGAGAUAAAGAAUCGUUUUGGUGCCCAAAUAAUUAAGCAACACGAGAAGUAUCUUGGCUUGCCUUCAUUGGUGUGGAAAAAUAAAAGAACUACCUUCAAUGCUAUCAAGGAGAAAUUGGGGAAAGUUUUGGCAGGUUGGAAAGAUAAAUUACUUUCAAAGGCAGGGAAAGAAGUUCUAAUCAAAGCAAUGGCUCAAGCAAUUCCGACCUAUACUAUGAGUUGUUUCAAACUUCCAGACUUGCUUUGUGAUGAACUAAGGGGAAUGAUUCGAAAUUUUUGGUGGGGACAACGAAAGGAGGAAAGGAAAAUUGCAUGGCUUAGUUCGGAGAAAAUGUGUGAGCCUAAGUGUGUUGGAGGAAUGGGUUUCAAAAAUUUAAAAUUGUUCAACAAGGCUUUGCUUGCAAAAAAGGAUUGGCAUCUUCAAAUGGGUGGUGAUUUUCUUGUGUACAAGGUCCUUAAGUCUAACUAUUUCCCAAUUACUGAUUUUAUUCAUUCUUCCAUUGGACAUAAUCCUUCUUAUACAUGGACGAGUCUAAUCUCUGCCCAAAGCUUAAUUAUUGAAGGUAUGCGAUAA